AGAGACAUCAAUGAAAAAGCAUAACAAGACUGCUCUUUGAGCAGACAAAAAGAAAGUUUAGUGGGUUAAACUUUCAACCAAAAUAAGUAGCUAAUCUUUGUCCAAAGAUUCCAGUCCUUUUUUUUUUUUCCUUUUCUACGAUUAUUGGGCAUACGAUAAUCUUGUUCUGUCGUCCAUAUUAUCACUCGGGAGAUAAAAAGAUAAAAGAUAUCCCUCAUCAUCUUCUCUACUUUCCCUCUAAAGCUCCAUUUAAAGGGUGGAACUGCAACCUUAAAUAUAUGCAUGCAAUCUACAAAAGAGAGGGAAGUUUUGAAGAUGCAGUUUUGGAGCUCUAUGCAUGGAUUGCUAGUGGGAAGGAAGAUGGGAAGUAUAGAAACUGUGGCGAUUCUCAUAGUCUUCUCCUACCUUUGUAUCAAUAUUACAACUUCCUCACCUCUUCAGAAAUCUUUCCCUUCUUCAGAGGUAAUUCAACCAGCAAUUCUUCACAUCCUUGGUUCUCAGGGACAGUACUUUCAGAACUUUGGAAAUGUGUGGUGUACAAGUGCCCUUCAAAAUCUAAGGCACUUUACCAUAUUUUGAAGAGGGGGUAUGUCAGCAGCUCUGUUGGUGACAGUGGUACAGCUAUAGCACGUGGUAGCAGGAUUGAAGGUGCACAUGGUCAAGAAGCUGCUAUGGUUGGUGGUUCCACUGGCAAUGGUGAGACUGGAAACAAUGGGGGGUCCAGAUCACCUUCUGGACAAGGAGGCGCAGCUUUAAUCCCGGUAUAUGUAGCCGGUGCCGCAAAUAACCAACAUCAGAAACAUCACCAUGGGUCUGGCAACCGCAACCGGAACUCCAUUGGACUGUCAACCUUGGUUGUAGCCACCUUGGCCUCUCUCCUCUCAGAUUUAUAUCACUGAUACGAGAAAACAAAUAUGGCCAUAGUGUUUGUGAGGGCUGUCUGUUGUGAGCCUACUUCUCAGAUGAAUAUUUUGAUGCAUAUAUCCGCUACCCCUGUAUUAUGUGUUGGAAGACAAAAGCUAUCAGUGUGCUUUAUUUGCUUUUACCUUGUUUAAAUUAAUAUAUGUUGAAGGGUGCAAAGUGAAGAUGUUCACAAGAAAAAUCUUAAAUAUAUGAAUGCAUGGAAGUCCACUCCAUUAAUGUACAUCUAGCAAGCCCGAAAUCCCAUCUGCUCUCUUUAUGCAUACUACCAGUGAAAUUCCAUGGGAAGGAAUAAUCUAAGAAGAUAGAUUACUGAAACUAGUGAAAAUGUGACAAGUUAGAAAUGAGCAAGUUGCUCAAGUUUGCGAGCCUAGAAAAACUUGCAGCGUCCCUUUCUGCUUGAUUCAGUUUCUUCACUCUUCCUCCUUGAUGUUGUGAAACCAACAUUGCUUAACUUCAAUUGCCGCUUGCCAUGACGACUUCUGGAAACAACUUCGUCCAUUUCAU